GGAAGCGCCUUGGAGUUCGCUACUUCGCUUUCCGGCUUGAGAAUGCGUUCUCUGUAGUGUGACUUGGAGCAUCUUUUCUAGGACGUAAACGCGUCCUAAUUUGAGACGCGGACUUUCCGGCAUUGCUGUAAAAGCUUCCGGCACUACCUGGCUGUAAAUACUCUGUAUCUGACGCCGCGUCGCCCACGAAGGCGAUCAGGUUUAGAAAUAUCCAGAGGGAUCCUACGGUAACCUACAUCAGCCCGCCAAGAUGGCGAUGCAAGCGGCUAAGAGGGCGAAUAUUCGCCUCCCACCUGAAGUAAAUCGGAUUUUGUAUAUAAGGAAUUUGCCAUACAAAAUCACGGCAGAAGAAAUGUAUGAUAUAUUUGGGAAAUAUGGACCUAUUCGUCAAAUCAGAGUAGGGAAUACACCUGAAACCAGAGGAACAGCCUAUGUGGUCUAUGAAGACAUCUUUGAUGCUAAGAAUGCCUGCGACCACCUAUCAGGAUUCAACGUUUGUAACAGAUACCUUGUGGUUUUGUAUUACAAUGCUAACCGGGCAUUUCAGAAGAUGGACACCAAGAAGAAGGAGGAGCAGCUGAAACUUCUCAAGGAGAAGUAUGGCAUCAACACAGACCCUCCCAAGUGACUAGCAGCCACGCGUGGCCCUGGCUCCCUGUUCUCUUCCUUUGUAACUAGUACUGAAUACGGUGACUUCUUAUUUGAGAGCUAGAAUGACUCGUGUGGAAGUUUUCUAGCAUUAGAAAAGAUGUUAAUAAACUUGUAGCUUUUUUGUA